AUGGAAGAGGAGUCUCCCAGAAAAAGGCAGAGGGGUCCCUGCCAUCCUCCUGAGGUGGCAGGGAGAGCUGCAAAGGCCACGAAGAGAAAGGCCAGCACAGAGGCAGAGACGCCCAGCAAGAGGAAGAGGGGCAGCAACAAUGAAUCUGACCCUUCCCCAAGUCCCAGAGGCCCAUCAUCCUCCAAUGGCAAGAGCAGAUUCUCUAUCCUCUUCGGCCACAAGAGCAGAGCUGACUUCCAUGACAAGUACCAGAUGCUCUACCAGCUUGGUGAAGGAGGCUUUGGAUCAGUCUACGCUGGCCGAAGAAAAUCAGAUUUUCUACCGGUGGCGAUCAAAUGCAUGCCCAAACGAAGUGUGAAGAUUGGAACAUUUGUCUUCAAUGGGAAGAAACAUCAAGUCCCCUUGGAGGUGCUCAUCAUGAUGACAGCAGCAGGUCCAGCAGGCUUGCUGGGCAAAUCUGCAGUGGUACAGUUCGCAGAUUGGUACGAUCUGGGCGAGGAGGUUUUCCUGGUCAUGGAGAGACCAGUCCCCUCUGUUGACCUGUUUGACCACCUACAGGACAACUGUGGUCAACUGGACGAGCACAGGGCAAAGAUCAUCAUGAAGCAGCUGGUGGAGGCAGCCAUAGACAUGCACUCCAAGAAAAUGUUCCAUCAGGACCUGAAACUGGAAAACAUCCUGAUCCAAACCACCUCUGAGGGUCCCCGAGUGCGGAUCAUAGAUUUUGGAUGUGGCUCCUAUGCAAAAAACGGCCCUUACCACUGCUUCGCUGGAACCAUUCAGUGUGCUCCUCCGGAGGUUUUUAUAACUCAGAGUUACGAGGCCGUCCCCACCACAGUCUGGCAGUUGGGUGCGCUGCUGUUCAAUUUGGUGAAUGGAAGCAUGCAAUUUGACACCUGUGCCUUCAUCUGCAGUGAGAUGAAAAUCAACAACAAGCUGUCCGAAGAGUGCCGGGAUCUGCUGAACAUGUGUCUGGCUCCACGUCCUGACAAACGUGCAACACUGGAGCAGAUUCGGCAGCACCCCUGGUUGUCUUGUUCCUGUGUGAACUGUGACAAAUGA